AUGGCGGGGCCGGGCAGCGACGGGGACCUGCGGCGCCUGCUGAAGCUGCACCGCACCGAGAUCGCCAUGGCAGUGGACGACGUCUUCCCACUGCUGCAUGGGCUGGCUGACCACGAUGUCGUCCCUGAGCACAUCUUCAAGGAGACGCUGGGCCGGACGGAGCGGGAGGGCUCCCACCGCGCCUUCCACGCGCUGCUCACCUGGCUGCUGGGCCGCGACACCGCCGCCCUCCGCGACUUCUGGGUCGUCCUCUUCAAGGACUACAACCUGGAGCGGUACUCCCGGCUCCGGCCUCUCCGCGCCGCCUUUCCCAGAGAGGUGGAGCUGGGGCGGCAGCGUCGUGGAAGGCGUCUCUCCCCGAGCCCCACAGCACCGGCCCCACACAGACCCCAAGGCAAGAGGAAAGCCCCUGAGGACCGGGACAAGGCCCGGGCGGCACAGCCCGCUCCACGGCACAGCACCAGUCCUGGGCCCCUGGUGAAGGCAAAGACUGUGAAGAAGCCGGAGGGCACAGAAACCCCCCGCACCUCUCGUGCCAGCGGCAGCUCCAAGACAGGCAGCAGAGCUGGGGACGAGCCAUAUAACUCAGCUGCCUGCGAGGAGCCAGAGGCCAGGAGCAGAAGCCACAGCCUGAAGCUCCCCUGCCAAGGCUGUGAGGGGGAAUUUUUCCUGCAUGGCAUCAUAGCCAUGGCCUGGGGGUUGUCCCCCAGUGCAAGCAGUGCCUCUCCAAACCUCUUCUUGUCUCACCAACAGAACAGGGAAACCCAAUUGCACACCCAGGGCCAGAUGCCAGCAGCCACUGUGUACAGCCAGGACCCUGUGCCCCACCAGGAGAACGAGGAUGAGUGUGCAGCAUGCGGUGAUGGUGGUGAGCUCAUCUGCUGUGAUGGCUGCCCCAGGGCCUUUCACCUUGCCUGCCUGGUGCCCCCACUGCCCCACGUCCCCAGCGGGACGUGGCGAUGUGGCUCCUGUGUGGGGAACGUGACUGAACCAGGCCAGCUGCUGGAGGCAGUCUUGCCUGUGGAGAAACCCCCUGAGAUCCUGGGGGAGGCAGCACGAGACACCCAGGCGGGUGGAGUUGAGGGGAGCAUCUGCAGCCGCUGCUGCACCCGGAUCCCCACUCCCCGACACUGUCCUGCUCCCAGUGGGGACCCCAGGGGGCUGCUGCUGUGCAUGUCCUGCACAGGCACCCCGGACACAGGCGGCCUGGGCACCCCUGCAGCAGCUGGAGACCAACUGCUUCCGGCAGCCAAGGUCAGCACAAGCAGUGCCAGGAACAGGGAGGGAGAGGAAGAAGGUGAGCAGGCUCAGGGCAGAGAGGGAGAUGGCAGGACAUAUCUCCAUGCACAGGCAGAGGACGGAGCCCUUGGCAGUGACCCUAUGCUGAGCCGGGACGAGCUUGAUGCACUGCUAGGUGAGGUAAGACUCUGUGUGACACCAAGAGACAGAUUCCAGGCAAAGAAAGCCCUUGGCAGUGAGCCUAUGCUGAACCGGGACGAGCUUGAUGCGCUGCUAGGUGAGGGGAAAAAAGCCUACAGCACCCGGUAUUCCCAGGCGGUCUCCCAUCCAAGUACUAACCGGGCCCGACCCUGCUUAGCUUCCGAGAUCAGACGAGAUCGGGCGUUCUCAGGGUGGUAUGGCCGUAGGCACCCCUUGACCCGUCUGCGACGCUCACCAGCACAAACCACCACCUUCCCUCCCUGCUCCACAGCCUCACACACGCACGCACGCACACACACACAUAUACACACGACACAGACACUCCCGUUGCCAAGACCAACAUCACCUUCUAUAUCCCGACUCGACACUAAAAAACGCACACUCUGCACGGCCGCCCAAGCACAGCAAGAGACCUCCGGCCUCAGCAAGGCUGCCCAAGCAAAACGAGAGACCUCCAGCCCCAGCAACAUAAAAAGCCUACAGCACCCGGUAUUCCCAGGCGGUCUCCCAUCCAAGUACUAA